AUGACGAGAUCAAGACGCUUAGAUCAUCAAUCAAAACUCUUGGUAAACAUCACAAGUCAUAGCCACAGGUCAAAUUAUCUCUACCAUCCUCACUCUUCAACCUCGCGUUACGUAUUAGAUUUCGCGAACUUCAACAACAUGGACUUUGGAGACUCAGGAGAGUUAUAUACUAUAAGAAACCAAUUCUAUACCUGGCAACAUCAUAAAGUGAUUGAUUACUCAGUAGAACAAUUCACUGAUGUCAAUCAAUUGAAAGUUUUGGAAUACAAAGUCAGAUCAACCAUUGCUAUUGGUAAAGAUGCUUCCAAGUUGAUCGAAGAUGGUAAGACCAAAUUCCCAGGAAAUGAAGAAUUAUUCUUAUUAUUAUCUGCAUGGAAUGACUUACAUUCAUUUGGAACCGAUGAUUCCACUUAUUUUGAAGAUAUCAAAUCACCAAAAUUCGAAUUACAAGCUAUAUUGACCAGUUUAUAUUUAGUGAAAUUCUUUAAAAACAUAGAUCAAGGUAUCGAACUUUUGGUUAGUUAUAUUGAUAAUUUGAACGUUUUACAAAAAAAUGAAUUAGAACCUUAUUUGGUUCUUAUCCAACUUUAUCUAGUUAAAGGUAACUUCAAUCAAGCUAACAAGAUUUUCAAUAACUUCAAGAGUUUCCCUGAAAUCUUGAAAGACGAUGUCAUUUAUCAUGUUAUUGAAAGUUGGAUUUUAGCCUUAAAGGGUGAAACUGACAACAUCAAUAACUCAUUUUACUUCUAUGAUGAAUUAUUGGCCAAUGACUUUGAUAAUGAGUUAGAUAGAUUCAAAAUCUUGAACGUUUUAUUCGUUUUGUCAUUGAAAUUGAACCAUUUACCUGAAGCUCAAGAGUUCCAAAAUCAACUUGCUGAAUUAGGUAUCAAAAAUGAUGAUUUCUUAGCUAACCAAAUAGUUAUGAAUUAUUUAUCAGGUAAACAAUCACCUGAAUUGAUUGAAAAAUUGACUGAACUCAAUCCUGACCAUCAAUAUUUGGUCGAUAGAAAAGAUAAGAACGAUAAGUUCGACCAGAUUGUUGAAAAGUAUAAGGUUGAUGUUUAG